AUGGAAAUAAAACCUGAAUUAAUAUACAAAAUUCCUAAAUUAGUUGGACCACUUAAUGAGAUUUAUUUAGACAGAAUAUUAAGUUAUUUUUCGACCAGCACAUUAUCGGACUCUAUUAAAAUAAAUACUUUGCUUAAUAAUUUAUCAGACGAGGUCUUUAACAAAAUUUGUUCCGAUACCGACAUACUAGAUCUUAAAAUUGUGACUAAAAACUAUAACUACAAUAACUAUCACUAUAACAAUAAUAAUCAAUCUAAUUAUGGUAGAAAUAAUACAUGGCAUGAAAAUAAUCAAAGAGACGGAAAUCGUAACAAUUACCAAUCUUAUUACAACAAUUCAAAUAAUAAUAGAGGUAGUGACAAUAAUCAGAGAAAGCAAAUACAAUAUAACAACAACUCAAAUAAUUAUAGAGGUGGCGACAACAAUAAUAGAAAGCAAAUACAAUACAACAAUGUAUAUAAUAUGAAUAUUGAAGAAAUUAUUGAAGAGAAAGUUGACUCUACAAAGAACAAAGAUGAUAAUGAUUUCAAUGUUAACAACUUAUCUGGUGACAUGCUCAAUGACAAAGAUAAUGCAUUUAUGACUACUUUAAAAGUGAACAAUAUUGUUACAUGUAUGCAAGUAGAUACAGGCUCAAAACAUACUAUUAUAUCUCAUGGUCUGGCUAAAAAACUUGCAAAUGUUGACACUAAUUACGAAGAUGAAAUAAAAAAAUUGAUUAAAGAGUGUGAAUCCAAAUUGACUAAUGGGCCAAUCAACAAAGCCAAACGUAUUCCUUAUUCAAAAAUUGAUCUUGUUAGCAAUGAACUUAAAAAAUGGAUACAUGAUAAAAUUAUUGAUCCGGUGAAUAAUGUCCGAUGGGCAAGUCCUGUUACCGCUGUCUACAAAGAUGAUGGGAGCAUUAGGCUUUGUGCUGAUUUUAAGGACACUGUAAACCCAGCUCUAGAAGAUUUCAGAUACCCUCUACCACGAAUCAAUGAUCUAAUAGCUAAACUUUCAGAGGAAAGAAAUUUACGAAGAUUGACUUUAAAAUGCUUUCUUACAGAUUCCAAUUGA